GCAGAUCUGUGUGCUGGUCCCGCUCCGUGCGCAGGCGCACUGGGCGUUACCUUCCGAGCACGCUGAGCCGGAAAUGGGUUGCAGCCAAUCGGAGGCGAGCAGGUGGUUGAGUGAUCGGCUGUUGCCGGCGGCUGUCCGUGUGGUGGUGAUGGCGACCCAACGGCUGUGACUGAACGGUAGGUCCAUCACUAUACCUGGCAUUGUAAUUAUAAUCUUGAACCCACUCCCUGCCUGAAAAAUAACGUGAAAGCCAUGGAUGAGUUGUAGGAAACUUCAUCCCACACAAACGGUUCCUAAUGGAUCCAAGUAAAAUGAGAGACACACUUUUUCGGAAAUAUGUACAGAUUUGUGAAUUGAAAUUGAGUGAAAAAGAUCUCAUGUUGGAAGAUGCAAGCCUUAAGAAGAUGGCUAUAUCCUUACUUGAUUUAUAUCGCCAAGAACCACCUGAGAGAUUUAAGUUGUUCAGAUUUUAUGAUAUUGUGGAGAAUUCCUUGAAGACGCUCAAAACAUCAAGCUUAAGUGCACUUCUUACUGCCUUUAGAAUUCUGGAAACCUUCUGCAUUAACCUCUUUCUAUAUCCCUGGAAAAAAGAAUUUAAAACUAUAAAGACUUUUACAGGGCACUUUGUCUACUAUAUCAAAUCUGCAAUGUGUGAAGACGAUGUCUGGAAUAUCCUAUAUUUUAUAGGAUAUCACUAUGAAAAGGAAACAUAUGAACUGAAAAACAAAGUAAACACUAAUCAUGUGAAAUUCAUUUCUUUCGAGCUUUUCUUGGCUGGAAUUGAGUGUGAGAAUUUACUUGAAAUUUAUUCACAAAUUAAAAUUAGGGGUUUUUCAGAGCUUAAUGUAGUGCAAGAACGAAAGAACAGCACAGAUGAUGUGAAAGGUUGCAUAGAUGCCAUGAAAAGACAACGAAGAUCAAUGGAAGGUUUGCAUACAUCAGUGGCUCAAAUGGACUUCUGCCGAUCGGACAAUGAACGGUUAACAAACAAUUUUGGGAAACACUUGAUGUACAAACCUUCACCUACAGAUAGUGAAGAAACUUAUUUGGAAAAGCAGCUAAGUAAAGUUCAUUUGACACCUGUACAUCGUAAAAAAGAAGCAGUUUAUGACUCUUAUGAGGACAUAACUGAUGAAAUUUUUCGUCCUACACCUUCACUUCUUGCUAUGUCAAGUUCCCCUCGUGGAGGGUCAGAGGAAUACUUACAGUCUCCCAAUGGUAGCUGGAGAGCAGAAACCAAUCUUAACACUUCUUUCCAUGCAGUUGAUGACUUGGAUCUUUACACAGCUGAAGAUUCCAGAAGCACUUUACCACAGAGGUGGACAGAAGCAGGAAGCAGUUACAGUACAAGAUUGACAAAAAGUAAUGAAGCAAGAGUUAUGUACCAUGAGACUCCACGUACAACCAAAGAAAGUGUAGCAAGUGCAGUUGCAUUGAAGUGCCAAAUGUGUGGAAUAUCCAGUGGAACCUCAAGUUGCCAAAAAUGUGACAUUGUUCUUUGCAGCCAAUGCCCUUGUAGACAUGAAUAUCCAAGAGCAGUGAGUAUCUUAACACGUUCUUCAUCUGUUCAAAAUGAUCUGUCUGCAGGUUCUACUCUGAAGGAGAAAUGUGCAUAUGCUACCACAUCACAGUAUCAAGAGCAGUUAUCCAGUUCCAAGAGCACCAAUAUAUUGCGCUGUGGAUUUUGUGACAAACCUGGUGCAAAGUUCACCUGUGUGAACUGUUCAAAAGUCUCCUGUAAUGAUUGUAAGAGUGAUUAUCAUUUGGAUUUAUGCAGCAAGAAUAAGUUCCACAAUUUCUUUCCAAACAGCCAGCUGAAUUUCAAAUCUAGUAAAAAUUAUACUGUUUUCAGAUAAAUUGUAUAAUCUGGAAUAAUGAUGAUGCAUGAUCAGCCCUGGAAAAAUCUAUGCGAGGAAUAUUUUGAAAGCUGGCAGAUUGUAGAAUGAAAAUUCUGUUGAUAUACAAUUGCUCACUGUGAUCUCUUGUACUACAAUAUGCACCUUAAGGUAUUUAAAUUGCUGCUAUAUUUUUCAAGGGCUGAUGUAUGUACAUUAAAAGCUGCUUUGAUAACUCAUACCAGAGAUGCAGAAGAGGAUACUUUGGAACCUGGAGCAAAUACAUUUGUAACUACAAGUGAAUGGGAGGCAAUAGUUCAUGUUGGAGGAUUUAAUGUAAAGCUGACAAAUGUUUAUAUAAACAAGCCUGGGUAUUGAUGUGCAAUUUUCCUCUUGUCUUUUUCUAAUGUGAUUGUGUUUCAUAAUUAUUUUUUACUUACAAUAGGUGAGCAAGUGUGUGUUUUCUGAAGGAAACCCCAAUCUUGCUUUUGGCUUAUCCAUGCAUUUUUUUUUGUUCAAGACUGUUAAAUAAUUUUAUGAUUGCUUGUAUGAAUAAAACACUUGUCAAUGUUAAAUUCUGGGGGUUUAUUUUAGCCCAAGGUUAAACUGUGUACGAACUUAGCUUAAGCACAUACACUGAAUUAUUUUUUUUGUGUAUUUACAACACAGAGCACUUUUUAAAGACAAAUUGUGAAGUACAUGGAUCUCCCCCUUGGUCAUAGGCUAGAAUACCAUGUAUGCCACAGAGUCUUCUGACACUGAACUAAAUUUAAUGUAUUCCAUUUUCUACUGGCACGAUAUGGGUGUUUUUGCCAUUUUGGUUUUAACAAGUUAAACUUUUGUUCAGCGUAACCUUGAGUGUCAAAUCGAUUCCUCAAAGUUCAAUUGAUCUGGUAGCUUUAGCUUUUGUAUAUCACUUAACAUUAAGGUAAUUGUAUGAUAUGAGAUUUUUUUUCUACUUGUUCCUCUGCUUGCAAAACUACUGACUCAUCUAAGGGGUACAUUUAUGCUGUUGUCUUGGCUUCAGUUUAACAACAGGCAGUAUCUCCAAUAGUACUUCCUCUCUCCUAGAGUAUCAGUGCAGAAUUUUGUACUCAACUCUCUGGGGUAGGACUUGAAUCUGCAAUCUUCUGACUUGUGAAUGUGUUACCAAUUUUACUAAGGCUCAGUAUUCUUAAAUUUUUUGGAAAUGGAAUUUCCUGUUUUCUGUAAGUGAAUGCAAUAUGCUUCCAUGCACAAUUUGUACCUUUGCAGAAUUUUAUUAUCUACAUAUCUGGAAUCUAUACAUUGACACAUUCUAUGCAGUUCACAUUUGUGACUGUGUCCACAAUUCUCUUUUUGGCAAUCUGGAAAGACUUCUUAAGGAACGGGAGUAGUCAAUUUAGUCCCUCUAAGCUGUAUUAAAGUUCAGUUAUUCAUAGCUAAUCUUUUUAACCUUGCCCCACAAGAAUAUAUCUCUUUAAGUUUUGUUAUUUUCAAUUGACCCAGGCUCAAACUAAUUGUAGGAGAGAUUAAAAUUUCCAUAGUCUUCACGACAUCAUCAUUGAAUUGUCCAACUCUAAAGGUAUAGCCUUCAUGUUCAAGAUUUUCCCCCACAAAAGAAUUUCUUUGUCUCUAUGUAUCCUUUAGUCAUCUCUAUUAGAUCAUCACUUAAUCUUCUGUACUUGGUAUAAUAAACUAUGAUUUAUUUUCUUCUUGCACCAGAGAAGAUUGAGAGGUGAUGUGAUAAAAUGUUCAAAAUUAUCAGAGAUCUAAAUUGAGUUACAGUUAGUUGUUUCCAUUGGUGGAAGGGUCAAGAACAAGAGAAUAUCAGAUUUAAGGUGACUGACCCUUUUUCAUGUGUGAGCUGGAAUAACUGCCUGAAAGUGUGGUAGAACUAGAUUCAAUCGAAGCUCUCAACAGGGCAUUGGAUAGAUAUUUGAGGGAGGAAAGAAAAUUGCAAGGCUGUGGGGAGAUAGCUGGGCAACUAACUAGAUUGGAAUUGCAGAGAGUUGUUGUGGGCUCAAUGGGCCAAAUAGUCUUGUAAAACAAUUGCCAUGAUUCUGGAUUGGACAGUUUAGAUACAGUGAAUUGUUUUCAUAAUUGAACCCUUUUAGGCCAUUAAGUAAAUAUAUGCUGCCCAACCUACCUAUAAUAUCUGUAUUCUUGAGAUCUGGUGCCCAAACAAUGCAGUAGUCUAAAUUCAGUCUAACCAGAGCUCUGUACAACUGCACUGCAGUAUAACUCAUCCUGUUUACUGCAACUCCUUUUUAACUGAAUGCAAUUCAUUUCAAUGUACAAUUAGUACCUUUCUACAGAAUUUGUAUUAUCUGCAUUCCUAGGAUCCAUGCUUUGAACUAUUGUUUUGUGCAGUUAUGUCUGUGACAUGUAUUCAGUGUUUUGUUAUGGGCAAUCUGGAAAGCAGUUGAAAGGAACAGGAGGUCCGUUCUGUUUCUCUAGACUGUAAUAAAACUCAGUUUCUUCAUAAAAGCUAAUUUUGAUACCCAUGCCUUCUGUGAUUUCUGUACAUGGACUCCUAAAUUUCUGUUCCUGCAUAGUUCUUUGAUUUUUAAUAUUUAGGAAACUUUCAGAUCAGUCUUUCUUUCCAAGGAAGAGGAUUUCUCAUUUCAUCACUCAGAUCUUUCUAGUAAUGACCCACACCUGUGGUGCAAGCCACAGUUUGUAAAUGAUGCAAAACAGCAUUGUGAAUUGCAAAGAGCAUGUGAUAGAUUGCAGUGGAAUAUAAAUAGGUUGGUGGAAUAGAUUGACACAGCAAAUAAAUUUUAAUGUAGAAAAACAUAAGGUAAUGGAUUUUGGUAGGAAGAAUGAGGAGAAGCAAUACAGAAUGAUGGAUCCUAAUCUAAAAUAAGUGCAGGAACAGACAGAUCUGGGAGUACAUGUGCACAAAUAAUAAUAAGAGGCAUGGCAGGUUGAAAAAAAUAAGGUAUUCACAAUUUUGGGCUUUGUCAAUAGAGGCAUAGAGCAGAAAAGCAAUGAAUUCAUGCCAAACCUUUACAAAACACUGGUCUGGCCUCAGCCGGAGUAUUGUGCUCAAUUGUGGUAACCACAUUAUGGGAAGGAUGUGAGGCAGCAGCAGGGGGGGGGCACAGAAUAUGUAUAAAAAUGGGAUGAGGGAGUGCAGAGAGGUUCAGGUAGUUCAGAGAGGCUGGGAUUUUGGAGAUGAAAAAGCUGAGGGGCAACCUGAUAGAAAUAUUUAAAAUGAGUGAGAAGUGGUGGUAUGGUUAUGCAAGUAGAGUUACUUGAAGAAAGUUUGAUUUUGCAAGUUAAAUUAUGAUGCUUUAUUGGCCAUUUUCAAAUCCAAAGAGACACCUGAAUUAAGCACUUUGGAAGACCAUGUCUGAAGCACAAAAUGUUUUCCAUGAGGAAAGAUACUGGGGAAAGGUUUAUGAAGGGAAUUCUUGAACUUAGAACUUGUAUUGCCUAAGGUAUGGCUGUCAGUGAUGGGCAAACAAGUGGGGUUGUCACCAAGACUAGACCUGAAGGAGUGAAAAGUUUGCAGAUGGUUGUUAGGUUGUAAAGGUUUAAGAUCAACUCAUAGGAAUUUCUAGUUUGCUUCUUCAUUCGGUAAGGCCAUGCAAAUCCUGUACCCUGUCUAAUUUCCUGCCCAAAACCCUCAAUUCCCCUAGUGCCCAAAAACCAAUUACUCUCAAUCUUGCAUCCAACCAAGCAUGCCCAGUCUUCAGAGAUGUGUUGCAAAUAUUUAUAACCCUCUGACAAACAAAUUUCUUCUCAACUCCGUUCUCAUUGGCUGACCCCUUCUAAGAGAGCAUCCCUAGUUCUUGAUGCUCUUGGCUGAGGAAACUGCCUCUUUCAGAAUCCUCCAUACUUCAAUGAAAUCACUUCUCAUUGUUCUAAAUUCAAGUAAACAAAGGCCAUCUUAUUCAAUCUGCCUUUUACUUUUCAGUUCCUCAUCCCAGAAAGUAGUCAUGUGAUGCUCUGCUGCACCAACUAUAUCAGUUCUUGAGUACAGGAGACAAAAUUGCACAUUAUAGAGCUGAUGGUUGACUUCAGGAAGGGGAAGGAGGGCGAACAUGCUCCAGUCUACAUUGGGGGAUCAGUGGUGGAGAGAGCAGUUUUAAAUUCCUGGGCAUUAAUAUAUCAGAUGAUGUGUCCUGGGCCCAGCACAUAGGUGCAAUCACAAGGUAGCAUCUUUCUUAGGAGGUUAAGCAGGUUUGGCUUAUCACCGAACACUCUGACAAACUUCUACAGAUGUACUGUUGAGAGUAUCCUGACUGGUUGCAUCAUGGUCUGGUACGGCAAUUCGAAUGCGCAGGUAAGAGCAGUGGACUCGGCCCAAUGCAUUACGGGCACAUCUCUCCCCACCAUCAGUAUAUCUACAGGAGGUGCUGCCUCAAGAAGGCAACAUCCAUUAUCAAAGGUCCCCACAAUCCAGGCCAUGCUAUCUUCUAGCAGCUACCAUCGGGCAGGAGGUGCAGAAGUCCCAGACCAUCAGGUUCAAGAACAGCUACCUCCCAUCGACCAUUCGGUUCUUGAAUCAACCUGCACAACCCAAAUCACUACAGUUCAGCAACACUAUGACCACAUUGAUCACUUUAAACUAAACUGGACCUUUUUUGUUCUAAUUGUGUUAUUUCUUGUAAAAAUUGUGUAUAAUUUAUGUUUUUCUUGUGAAUUCUGCUUAUAUGAUGCUAUGUGCCUGUGAUGCUGCUGCAAGUAAAUUUUUUAUGCACCUGUGCAUACAUGU